GUUCCUCGAUUCAAUUCUUGUUUGUUUUGCUUUCACUACUUCAUGGGUUUUCUAUAGUAAUCAUAACGCACAUAAUUUGUGUGCAAGUGUAACAAUAAAUAUAUAACUAUCGUUAUUCAAAGAUUUUAAAUGUACUGUUAACCUCUACUGAAUAAAUAUUACAACUUAAAAUAUGCCUCCUAAGCGAAAUAUUUCAUUUACCAAACCUCCUGAACCAGCUUUUAUCAAGAGAAUGAAAGAUUCAAUUGGUUAUCAAGAACCUCCCACUAUUGAAACAAAAAAACAAAAAUUGGCUCAUGAGGAUGAUGAUAUUGAGUUAGAAGAUGACAAACCUGUUGUGGUAGUUCUUAAUUCUGAAAACAUUACUAAAGAUGAAUUGGAAGCAUUUACUGAAAAUAGUAAAAACGAAAAAGUGGUAUUUUCUAAACCAGCGAAGAAAAAUUUGGAAGAAAAAAGCUCCUUAAACUGUUCUUCUAAAAAACAGUUACUACAAAAAAAAGUUGAUGCAUUAAAAGAUUCCAAAAAAGCUGUUAAAAAUUCAAGCCUUUUGUCAUUUGAUGAGGAUGAAGACUAUUAAUUUACUCAAAAUAAUUUUUUUUAUAUCAUUCAUGUGUUUGUACAUUUUCAUUUCAUAAAAUAUUUAAGUGGACAUUAAACUCAUAAGUACUGUA